AUGGAUACGGCAGCUUUAGAAAUUGAACUCUUGGAAUUAUUGGAAGAUGAAGGACUGAAGCAGUUCAAAUACAGUUGUCAUUCUUUGUUGGAAUUUUGGAAACAUGUGCCUGUUAUUAAAUAUCCAAAAAUUACUCUUUGCGCUCAAAAGUUAAUAUCGAUUUUUGGAACAACAUAUUCUUGCGAGUCUUUAUACUCAACCAUGAAAAUGAUUAAAUCUAAACAUCGAUCAACAUUAACGGAUGAUCAUUUAACUGAAUUGUUAAGGACUGCGUUAACAACAUACAGUCCUGAUUUUAAAAAUCUUACAAGCAAAAUAAACACGCAACAAAUAAGAAAAUAG